UUGAACCAAGUUGCGGACAUGAAUCUUGUUAUUUGUGUCCUACUUUUGUCCAUUUGGACAAAUAAUUGUAUGACUACAAACCAAACGAAUGGAUCUUCUACUACAGGAGAUAAACCUGUUGAAUCAAUGCAGACAAAAUUGAACUACCUUAGAAGAAAUCUGCUCAUUUGCGUUGGUAUUAUCAUCAUGUCUUUUGUCUUUAUCUGUUUUUGUUAUCUCCAUUAUAAUUGUCUGAGCGAUGAUACGUCCAAAGCAGGAAUGGUCAAGAAAAAAGGUAUAGCAGCCAAGUCGUCCAAAACAUCAUUCCGUGAAGCCAAGACAGCCUCUCAGUGCAGUCCCGAAACACAACCCAUGCUAUCUACUGUAGACGAGUUAUCUGAUUCCUCAAGUGCAGAAAGAGCAUCCGCACAAUCCAGCACAGAAAAAUUAAUCAGGCCCUCAAGUCUACAAAAGCCAUCCAUACCAAACAGUGCAGGAAAGUUAACUAGGCCAUCAUAUCCAAAAAGGUUAUCCAGGUCAUCACGCUCAAAAAAAUUAAGCAAGUCAUCUUACCUGGAAAAGGCACAUAAGACAGGCAGCCUAGAAAAAUUAUGUAAGCUAGACUAUGCGUGUAAGCUAGCCAGUCCAGAAAAGCCAGUCAGGCCACCUCAGCUAUCCAAGCCACUUUGCUCAUCUCAUCCACAAAAUGAAAUCUCACCAUCCGAGCCAUUCGGUCUACAGGAAUUGGCUAAGCCUCCCAAACAUUUUAAUCCAAAAAGGUCAGUGAGUCUAGGCAAGGCAGCCUUAUUAUCCAACUCUAAAUUAGCUGAAACUUGUCAAUCCUACAAGAAAAAACAUCUUGCCAAAACCUAUAAGCCUUUGGUCAAUGAUAUUUCUGAGGCAAAGGAGAAAAACACUCAAAACCUACAUUUUUCAAGCAAAGUCAAGUCCUCUCCCAGGUCCUUUCGUAAGUUAGAUUCCAGAAACGAUGCAUACGGUGAUCAUGUGAAUGACAGUGAUAUGAUGAAAUAUUACAGCGAGGUUGACAAUGAUAAAGAUAUAAUCAUUACGUGCGACAGAGGGUACAAUCAAGUCACCUCUGAAGUAACCCUAAAUGAUUAGGAGCUCAACAAAAAUAAAAUCCAAGUGUGAAAGAGCAAACUUAUACCAACAAUUUUAUGCUCAUCAUCCCUUAAGAAACCAGUAGAGGGAAAAAUCACUAUCAAGAUCACCCAUAUCCGUCUUGGAGGCUACUUAUUUUAAAAAUAUCAAUAAAAUGCAUGACAUAAA